UGUUAGUAUAAAAAGGGGGGAAAGGGUUUAAAAUGAGAACAAAGAGCCAUACCAAACACACCAAAAGACUUUUCUCUCCCAUUGACAACCAAAUAACUAGAAACUUUCAAUCAAUACAACCUUCCAAGGUUCAUAGUCCAUCCAAGGAAAACGGACGUAAUCGUCAUGCGUUUGUGACAUGUGCCUACGAUCAUCCUCAAACUCCCUCGCAUCCCACCUUACCAAAGACCUUUAAACAUGUACCACAGACAUUCACUACCGACAUUACUCACGACAGAGCCUUACCCACACAACGUCCUACCAUGGGCGGUAAGACUAUUUCAGCUAUUCGACCUACACAACAGCAGCAUCCCAUCAUGUCUAGCCAUGAUCUCUUGUUACUCAGUCGUCGUAUCGAUCCUCAAGAGUUAUUAACUUCCUCGCCCCAUACCUCGCCUUCCAAACCUCCUCUCCCGCAGCAGCAGCAGCAUAAGCAACAUAAGCAACAGGAGCCACUGUCUAAAAAGCGACCCAAGAUGACGAAACAGAGCGAUCGUGGUGAUGAUGUGGUACAAUUUGUAUGUGAGCCUUGUAAUAAACGGUACAAGACUCGAAAUGGAUACAGCUAUCAUAUCGAACGAUGUAAAUCCCGACGACAACGCCUCCACCGUCAGCCCAUCGAGGGUCCAGCUGUGACGAUCCAAUGUGUGUGUUCAGAGAGCGGAUUAGAAAAGGGUACGAUGAUAGAAUGUAAUACCUGUCAUACAUGGCUUCAUUUGCAAUGCGUAGGACCUAUCGUGGAUGAAUCUAGCUUUGCAUGUACACGAUGUUGUCCCCGGGAAAGCAAUGUCAGAUUAUCCAUGUUAUGUGCAGCAAGAGAUCAGGAUUUUAAUUUUAUGCAAUUGUUGGGUCAAAAAGAAGAUGAUGUAUUAAGUAAUACACAGUGGGAAGACGAAUUUACACAACAAGAAUCAACAACAUCGACAACAGCAAGCUUUCUUCAGGAAUGUUGUUGGACACCGAUGGCAGAUCCUCCUUCCUUAUUGUUUUCAGAUAACCUGUCACUUUUGGAUGAUUUUCCUUCGUCUGAUCUGUUGUCUCCCAGUUUACCUCAGUCGGACUGGCUCCACUUUGCUAACUUUGAAGUUGAUUUUCAACGGGAGGAUGACAUUGUAUUAUAAAUAAAUAAUAAUAAUAAUAAUAAAAAAACGCGUAGUUUUAAAAAAAUAACCAUUCAAAAAAAAAA